GUUAAAGCGUCGACACUAGUAUAGUGUGUGUUUAGAUGAAGAUGCUUUCAGGUGCGCAAAGCAACCAACACAGGACAACAAAAAGCAAUCUACAUAGCAUAUUUGCGGCAUCCUCGUAUAGAUGUUAUAACCAAUGGUUGGAAGAUGGCCUCUCACACCUUCAGAUGUGUGUCCUCAGAUGAAUUUCUAAAUAGCUGAAGACUGUUAACUCAAUUAUCAGUAUGGCCAGAAAUAAUUUAACUUAUAAACGGCAAGGCGAUACUUAAAACAUACAGAACCGAGAGAUAACAGACAAUAAACUCAUAAGCUUGGCACAAAAAAUUUAUAAAUCCUACUCAGAAAGCUCUUGCAAAAUUAAAAUAAAACAAAUGGUCAUAAAUCACCAAUACAUUCACGUCUGACCAAAAAAUGUAUUCUGACUGUGAUUUAUUUUGACCUUGUCCUCUAAUGAGAGCCAUAUUUGCAUACCGUUGCACGCCACCAUGAGUCAACCCAAUGUUACAGUUUUCUCAGCAAAUUUCUCUGGUGGCUCAGAAUCUGGAAAUUUAUAUCGACCGUUUUCUGUGUUCAGUGUUCUCACUCUUACUUUGCUGGCCAUGCUAGUAGUAGCCACCUUUGUUUGGAACCUUCUGGUACUGGUGACCAUACUGAGGGUGCGCACGUUCCAUCGUGUUCCCCACAAUCUGGUUGCUUCCAUGGCCAUCUCGGAUGUGAUGGUCGCAGGACUGGUUAUGCCCCUCAGUCUGGUUAGGGAGCUCUACGGUCGGCGCUGGAUUCUGGGACGGGCCCUGUGUCAGGUCUGGAUCUCCUGCGAUGUGCUCUGUUGCACGGCCAGCAUCUGGAACGUGACAGCCAUCGCUCUGGAUCGCUACUGGUCCAUCACACGUCACCUGGAAUACACGCUCAAGACGCGCAAAAGGAUCUCCAAUGUGAUGAUCGGCCUGACGUGGCUACUGUCUUCUGUUAUCUCGCUUUCUCCGCUCUUUGGUUGGGGUGAGACUUACUCAGAGGAGAGCCUGGCUUGUCAAGUAAGCCAGGAGCCCUCCUACACAGUCUUCUCUACAUUUGGAGCCUUCUACCUUCCCCUUUGUGUGGUACUUUUUGUUUAUUGGAAGAUCUACAAGGCUGCCAAGUUUCGCAUUGGUUCACGCAAGACAAACACCAUCACACCCAUGGCUGAGGUUAUAGAGGUAAAGGAGGCCGAACGGCAGCCGCAGAUGGCCUUCACCGUUCGCCAUGCCACAGUGUCAUUCCAAACAGAUGGUGAAACGUGGCGAGAACAGAAAGAAAGGAGAGCGGCUCUGAUGGUGGGCAUUUUGAUUGGUGUAUUCGUUCUCUGCUGGAUUCCCUUUUUCCUGGCAGAGCUUAUCAUUCCAUUGUGUUCUUGCGACAUCCCUCCUGUAUGGAAAAGUGUCUUCCUUUGGCUGGGCUACUCAAACUCCUUCUUCAACCCUCUCAUAUACACUGCCUUCAAUAAGAACUACAACAAUGCUUUUCGAAACCUUUUCACCAGACAACGAUGAGAAAUGAAAAGAAGAAAGAUGGACUGAAAAACUAGAGCUCAAGAAAGUCAAAAGACAUCCCGGUUCAGGGCUAGUAAAUGGACAAAAGCAAGUGCAUGAAUGAGUUGGUUUUAACUUUAGUUCGGAGAGUAAGGGGGCAAAUGAAGUAGAGAAACUGACUUCUCCAAUUAUCACAUCUUCAUUUGCUGGUAAUAGCGAGUAAAAAAAAAUCUAUUUAUGGCUGCUAAUGAUGUCAUCAUGAAAAGGUGGCACCAUCUGCUAAAGCAGAAGACUUAAAAACAUCUGCUGAAAGUUUGGUCUUUGUCUUGAGCAAAAACGACUCUACAGUACUUCAGCUGCCCAUAUACUCCUCAACACUUAUGGACUCUUGAGAGAAGACUAUAGCUGUUUUCUACUGUUCUAAAUGGAUGAAAGAUUUCAGAGAAUACAAAUGAUAUAAAUGUUUAAAAUCUGAGUCAUGGCAUAAUUUACAUCCAUCCAAUCUUUCCUAAAUUACUUGGCUAACAAGACAUUUUACACUGGGUACUUCGGACUCCACUGCAUUUCCUUGAAUUGAAUUAAUAUUUUUUUCUUAUGAACAAAUGCACCAUGUAAUAGAUGAACAAAGAAAUGGCAAAAUGAAUGGAAAUGGAACAGACAUCCUGUGAAUCAGAAAUACAAAAAGAAACGACCACAUGAAUCACAUGAGAAUGUUGUUGCAGUAUCUUCUUUCAUAAAUGUCUUUGUUUGCAGGCAGAACAUCUUAGCAUUUAUGUACUGUCUCUAUCAUAAAUGGAUCUUAAAGACAAUAAAAUUGAACCAUGCAUAUCAAGGUUAUUAUUAGCCUUUAAUAUUCACUGUUUGUAUACCAUAUUGGUAGCACAUUAUCUUACAGUAUGUGUACUUACCUUGUACAUUUAUGGUAAAUAUAUUGUACUUACAGACAAAUGUGUGGUACUUACCUUUGAGUAUCUUCAUGGUAAUUAAAUGGUAUUAUACUGUUCAUACUUGGUAUUAUUAUGUAAUUCUAAAUAAGUAUGGGGUAAUAUCAGAAACAUACUUGUAGUGGAUGUUUACUGUAACUAACAAGAAACACUACUGUACUUAGAAAUGAAUGUAUAAAGUAUUUAGUACUUACAGGCAAGCGUGUGUUCAUGACAGGUACUUAUAGCGUACCU